AAAGUAUCGGGUUUAUUUAUUGUAAGGUGUACACCAGACUCUUUAGAUUGUGUGUUUGUGAGCAUAUAGUAUGAACUAGGGUUGACUUAGAGCCAGCACAAAAUGGAUGAAAUACUAGCAAACCUUGAUGACAAAGAAAUAGCGGAAGCGUUUGCCUUAUUUGAUGACGAUGGGGAUGGAACCAUCACGAUCAAGGAGCUUGGUGGAAUAAUGAGAUCACUUGGGCAGAACCCCACAAAUGACGAACUCAAGGAAAUCAUGCUGGAGGCGGAUGUUGAUGGUAAUGGCUACAUAGAUGUGGAAGAAUUUAAAAUGGUCAUCGCUAAGAAAGUAUCCGAGGAAAACACAGAGGAAGACAUCAGGGAGGCCUUUCACGUAUUUGAUAGGGAAGGCAAUGGUUAUAUCACUCGUAAGGACAUCAAGGUACUUCUCGCGAGACUUGGGGACGAGAUGUCACCUGAUGAUAUAGACGACAUGAUAGCCGAGGCUGACAAUGAUGGAAACGGUAAAGUUAGCAUAGAAGAAUUUGUUGAAAUAAUGCAGCGAGCUUAAAGAAGAUUGGAUUCCGCCUAUUAUAACGAUCAUUCUCUCUACUAUUCCCGGAACUUGUUUUACAAUGUAUCUUAUAUAAACCUACAGUACAUGUUCCUCUGUUGAAGCUUUCUACAUGUUAUAUGUAUUAGUACUUAAAUUUAUUUGUACGUGUUCAUGUCAUUGAUAAAGAUCCUUUGUCCGAAUCAAAAAGACAAAAGGCGAAUUGUACAAAUGUUAUCAGUAUUAUAAACAUUUGUCUUCAAAUACCAUUGUGUGUUCGUAAAUGUCAUUAAGAUGUUCAGUUUUCCUUAAGUGAUAGUUCAAUUGAAGUCGAUUCCUGUUGUUUGUAUCCGCAGUCGAUCUGCCUGACAAGGAUUUAUAUAUUGCAGAGUGGAACAUGCCUAUUUUCUCAAAGAAACAAUGCAGCUAUGUAACGUAACCUGAGACGUUAGCUGAACAGGUGUUGCAUGCUAUUUACAUUUCUAUUUUCCAACCAUAUGUAUGUAUAUAUACAUAUGUGUAUGUGUUUGUGUGCGAGUUGGUAUAUCAUAUUUUCUGUAAAAAUCAUUCACCAUUAUCUUACGUUAAUGCUCAAUUAUCUUGCCGAAUAACAAUAACCUACAAAUGUUUGAAACUUAUUUCUAUGAUUUAAGUUGAUCAGUGUUUAACAAACAAUUGGUUAUAAUCAUCAUAUUGUUUUACCGCAGAAAGAAAUAUGAUCGCGACGUAAAGGCAUCAGGUUUUAUUAUAAGAAUAAUACUUCACUGCGAUAUUUAAGAAACAAUGAAUUGAUAUUAGUUGUUAUGUCAUUUGAGAUAUAUUACAUGUAUAUAUCACUUGAAAUUUGACAUGUUUGAUAUGUACUAUGCUUUACAGUAUAUAUAAUGCAAGUAAAAGUGGUCCCGAGGUUGUGUCUUGGGGAACCAAACAUAUUGCCUCUCUGAUCCAUCAUAAAUUGUGAUGUUAAAAUUGAUGUACAUUUAUUUAUUUUUUCAAUUAAAUUGUUCAAUUCAAAUAAACGUUUUCUUGAAA